AUGGGUGUUAUCGUAUCUCCUAUAUUGACAAAUACUCACCCGGCUUUCCUGCUCGGCAUGCAGAGUGGCGCGAAAAGUCAUUUUGCUGUGGGCAUUCAGCUGAAUUAUGCGGUUGGUGCUGAGAUCGCAUACGUUACUGCAUCUCUUUCCAUGCUCAUAGGCAUCAUCUUGAGAGUUGGAGUUCCAUUUUCCCAGCAGACUUAA